GCAGAAAGCCUGACUCAGGCAGGCAGCUGCCGCUAUUAAAGCAGCUCUAGCCAGGCACCCUUCCCUGCCGGGGUGAGCGCCACCGCAGAGAUGAAGCUGGCGAACUGGUGCUGGCUGAGCUCAGCUGUCCUUGCUGCUUAUGGGUUUCUGGUUGUGGCAAACAAUGAAACAGAGGAAAUUAAAGAUGAAGCAGCCAGGGACGCCUGCCCGGUGAGACUAGAAAGCAGAGGGAAAUGCGAGGAGGGAGGCGAAUGCCCCUACCAGGUGAACCUGCCCCCGCUGACUAUUCAGCUCCCGAAGCAGUUCAGCAGGAUCGAGGAGGUGUUCAAAGACGUCCAGAAUCUCAAGGAAAUUGUAAAUAGCCUGAAGAAGACCUGCCAGGACUGCAAACUGCAGGCUGAUGACAACCGAGACCCGGGCAGGAAUGGACUGCUGUUUCCGGGCACAGGAGCCCUGGGAGAAGCUGGUGACAACAGAGUUAGGGAACUAGAGAGCGAGGUUAACAAGCUGUCCUCUGACCUAAAGAAUGCCAAGGAGGAGAUUGACGUGCUUCAGGGUCACCUGGAGAAGCUGAAUCUUGUAAACAUGAACAACAUAGAAAAUUAUGUUGAUAGCAAAGUGGCAAACCUAACAUUCGUUGUCAACAGUUUGGAUGGCAGAUGUUCUAAGUGUCCCAGUCAAGAACAAAUACAAUCACGUCCAGUUCAACAUCUUAUCUAUAAAGAUUGCUCUGAAUACUACACAAUAGGCAAAAGAAGCAGUGAGAUCUACAGAGUUACACCGGAUCCCAAAAACAGUAGUUUCGAAGUUUACUGCGACAUGGAGACUAUGGGGGGAGGCUGGACAGUGCUGCAGGCGCGUCUCGAUGGGAGCACCAACUUCACUAGAACAUGGAAAGACUACAAAGUAGGCUUUGGAAACCUCAGAAGAGAAUUUUGGCUGGGGAAUGAUAAAAUUCACCUUCUGACCAAGAGCAGGGACAUGAUUCUAAGAAUAGAUCUUGAAGAUUUUAACAGCGUCAAACUCUAUGCCUUGUACGAUCACUUCUAUGUGGCCAACGAGUUUCUCAAAUACCGUCUACACAUUGGUAACUAUAACGGCACAGCUGGAGACGCCUUACGUUUCAGUAAACAUUACAACCAUGAUCUGAAGUUUUUCACCACCCCAGAUAAAGACAAUGAUCGAUAUCCCUCUGGAAACUGUGGGCGCUACUACAGUUCAGGCUGGUGGUUUGAUGCAUGUCUUUCUGCAAACUUAAAUGGCAAAUAUUAUCACCAAAAAUACAGAGGUGUCCGUAAUGGGAUUUUCUGGGGCACCUGGCCUGGUAUUAGUGAGGCACAACCUGGUGGCUACAAGUCCUCCUUCAAAGAGGCCAAAAUGAUGAUCAGACCCAAGCAUUUUAAGACAUAAAUCACUAAUGCUCAAUCCUCUCGGUAUUCAUUACCUAAUGGGGCAAUUAAUUCCUUCAGCACUUUGGUACAUGUUUCAUACUUCUUUUCCAUGGCAUGAAAUUUAUCUCUGAGCAAUGGGUUCUUAUGCGACACAGCAUUUGAAAUAAAGCUGAAAAAUAUGCCUUAUAAAGAAGUCCUUUCUUACUGUUAUGCUGUCAUCCAAAAUAAACACUUGCAAGCAAUUGGGAAUACUGAUAAUUACACAUUAGAUUUCUAAUUCUCUUAAUUUCUCUUAUUUGAAAAGUUUUCCAUUACUCACUCUAAUUGAAAAAUAAUUUUUUAUUCAGCAGGCUAGACUUUACACAAGUAAUCUGUAUUUUGACUGUGACUUAAACACAUCUGAAGGUAUAUCACUCUUUUCGGGCUAUAGUUAUUGGGCAUUUGUCUCUAAACACCCUAUUUCUCAUUCUGAGAUAAACUUACUCAAUUUAUGGCAUUUACAGCAUUUUAGUUCCCAAGCAAAGGGAAAUAUAUACAUAAACUUAAACCUGUUCAUGUACUAUUUGUGAAAUGUAAAAUUUUAUCAUUUAAAAUAUUCUAAAAUAUAUAAUAGCGUACUGUCCCUCCGAAAAGCAUUCAGAAAAUUAAUUUAAUCUUAAAGACCAUGGUUUAAAAGUAAUUCAUUCAUAAUCUAUAACUCUUUAGAUGUUUGAUGGUAAAAAUUGCUUUAACGUAAAAAAUACCUUCCUUUGCUCUGAUGCACAAUAGUUUUUAAUUUAAGACUGCUCUCUACUGUGCAAGACCACUGGCAGACUCUUUUGGAGAGAUAGGUGGGGCGUGAGAUGCUUCUUUAUAGGCUAUAAUCCUCUGAAGGCCAAUUUUAUAUCCAAAGCAAUAAUAUCAUUAAGUGAUUCAUUUCAUACAAAGCUAAGUUUUAUAGGAAAAAUAGGCAAGUCUAUUAAUGCAAAGCAUAUGAAUUUUGAAAUAAAUAGAACAGUAGUUCAGAUAUUAUAUAUUUAACCCUAACUGGUGUGUUACUUACUUUGCUAUCAGAAGAUUCAAAUACAAAUGUUUUCUUUUUUUUUAAUGAAACAAAGUAUCUGGAACUUUUGUAACUCAUUAAUUCUACAAUGCAACUAUCAUAUUUAAAAGACUAUGAAUUUAAUUUGUUAAGUUUCAUCAUUGUGAAAAAGGAUCAUUCCUGGGAGGACAGCAGUAUUCUGCUGCAUGUUUUAAAAAAUGCUCUAGAAUAAAAUUUGAAAGACUAUGCCAUACUGUAUGUAAGUUAUUCCAAUACUUUCAAUCUUUAAUUUCUACAGUCUGUUUCUACUAAAGUAAUAGAUAUUUCAAAAUAAAUUCACAAAGAUGCAGCUCUAUCCAUUCUUUGAAAAUGAUUAAAGAGGAUAGUAGAUUUAGGUAACAAGUUACUUUUUCAAGUAUUGCCCUUUAUGGAAAAUUCUAAUCAAAAAGAAGCAAGAUAUUCUUUUAAAAAUAUAUAACAUGUAAAAUUUUCAGUUAAACAUGAUGAAAACUAUAUUAUUAUGUAUACUAUUGAAAUGCUGAAGCAAGAGAAAUGCAAAUAGAAUUAAGUGAUGACUAAAAUGUAAAGUAUCAAUGUAGAUUUCAAAGGCUUCAUAGCUACUCAAUAGGAUAUCAAAAGUAAAUGUAACUAAUUUAUGCUUUUUAAUCUCUCUUUUCUGUUUAUUAAAAAAAGACUAAGAAGAUUUUGAUAUUAUUAUAAUGUAUUUAGAUAAGAGCACUUUCAUUUACUAUAUAUAACUAUUAAUGUAUGUAUGUUUAGGUACAUUUCUGUGAUCAAAAAUGAACUCAUUAAAAGAUACAGUUCUAAAGAAAAACAGCUCAUAUAGUGAAUGUCCACUGAUUUAACAGUAUCAUUUCAGGAGAAUUUGGCAAAAACCUCAUUAAUCUAAAUAAUCACUCGAAAACUUGUCUUUCUGCUAUCUUUCCAUCUUAUUUCAAAGAAUUAAAAUCUUAUUUUCCAUUAUACUUUUAUGGCACCUUUCUAAUAACAAAUUGUGUAACAUAAAAAUUCCUUUUUGAUAUCAUCUCAUGUCACUUAUUAUAUUAUAAAAUAUGUUUUAGACUUUGAUAAUUUUAUAUUGAUGGAAAUAGAUUGUAUGAGAGAGUCUUUUGCAUUGACAUAACUUUACUAAUAUAUGCUGAUGCUCACAAAUGUGGAUUGACUACUGACAAAUAUGUUAUUUUAGUGUCUUGUCUUCGUUCCAUUUUAAUGGCUAAUAUUUGCUGUCUUACCUAACAAAUUAUUUCUGAGCUUUAUCAUACUUUGAAAAUAUUGACCAAAAUUAGGUCCUUAGAAAUUCCUAAUGGACCUGGUUCACUCAUCACUGAGGAAAAAAAUCAAAUUUUUCUGAUAAGUAGUAGUAAUCCUCCAAAUGAAAUGACACAUCCAUCCAAUAAGCACAGGGCUUAAAUACACAAAAAGAAAAGAAAUCUGAGUAACAAAAUUUGCUGCUCCUUAUUUUCAAACGGCUACCCACAAAAAGGGCAGAAGGGUCAAAGGUAAAAAGUGAUGGGUAAUGUUGCCACAAUAAGCUCUUGUUUAGAAUUCUUAUUUUCCUUUAUGUACUAAUAGGUUUGUGUUUCAUUUUUUUUUUAAAAAAACUUGUAAAUAAAAGAUUUAAUCUUCA